AUGGCUGUCCAGAGGAGGAACUCCUCUGCAUAUCGCACGGCUGCGCAUACCUGGAAUGCUCGCAAUGAGGCUGUAGAUAUUGAGAAGCAGCCGCAACACUCGCAAUAUACUCAUCAUCGCGCUCGCAGUUCGACCGAUUCAGAAAGUGGCGAGGAUACCCUCACAGCGUCCUCUUCCAGUUCGCAUCGGCCCAUACUGGGCGGUGCCCCCUCAGCACGGCGAGGCCGAGGCCCGAUGAGCUCCUAUCGCGUCCCGAAUCGGAUCAUGAGAUACCUCUGCUUCGCAUUAUUUUCAGCUCUCGUGCUCUUUAUCCUUACUCUCUUCCGAUUCACCAUUACUUCCAGCGCCAAACAGGUCGCUCUCGAAUUGCCUAAAGUAGCCCCCAAGCCGCCUCGAUGGGAGAGUUUCCCGUUUCUAAAACGGUAUCAUGGCGGCAUCAGAACUCUCGUUGCGCGCAAGGAUUCUGUGCCUGAAUAUCCUGGGGAUGGCACGGAGGAAAUGGGGCUAGGUGCUGGUAAUAAGAUGGCUUCCGCCAAGGUUGAAGCCAGGGACCAGACGCUGCCGAUGUCGAGCUCGGUUUUCAAUCCCUACCCGGAUUAUAAAUCAGGAGAAUAUGUGGCAGCGCAUGGUGAGAAGCGCGAAUGCUUCCUCGACGAUCAGGAAACUAUCCGGAUUCCUCUGGUCCACAACUAUCCUGGUGUGCCUCGUGGGUUCCCGGAUGCAGUCAUGGGGUCGAACGAGAUGCUGGGUAUCAAAGACGAUGUCUGCUUUGAUCGGUUCGGCCGUCUGGGUCCCUAUGGCCUAGGAUACAGUGUCCGGAAAGGUGGUAUCGGAGCAGGCCUAGAAGGAGAUCGUGAGGGGGCAGAGCAGGUGUGGGAGGACAUUCCUCCUGUUGACUUCCGGCAAAUUGACUGGGCCGUUGCCCAGAACAGAUGCGUCGCUCUCAAUAACCAUCGUUUCAAGGAUCUCCCCGAGCCGCGACUCAAUCGCUUUCUUGCUUUACCUGUGGGCGUUCCCAAGUCAUCCUCAGAUUCCCUUGGAAAAGAGGAAACAGCCGAGGCUAACGCGAGUCGCUUACCUCGAACGGCUGUGGUGAUUCGUACAUGGCACGAUUUUCGCUACACCGCCGAUGAUAUCUUGUAUUUGCGCUCGUUAAUCUCGGAACUGUCGCUGCUUUCCGGUGGAGAAUAUACUAUCCAUUUCCUGAUCCAUGUCAAGAACAGUGAUCUACAGAUUUGGUCAGAUGACGAAACCUAUGAGCGCGUACUCGAUGAUGCCCUUCCAAAGGAGUUCCGAGGUAUGGGAACUCUCUGGUCAGAACAACAGAUGGCUCUCAUGUACCCUGGGCUGGAAGAAACUUGGGCUCGAGGACUACCCGUGCAUGGCGUAUACCGCAGUACAUUCUUGCCGAUGCAGUAUUUUGCCUAUCAGCACCCGGAGUAUGACUUCUUCUGGAACUGGGAGAUGGACGUGCGCUACACAGGACAUUGGUAUCAUUUCUUCGACAAGGUGAUUAGUUGGGCCCGGGAACAACCUCGCAAGGGUCUUUGGGAACGAAACGCUCGGUUCUAUGUUCCUUCUGUCCAUGGAUCCUGGGAGGACUUCCGGCAGAUGGUUCGUGUGCAGACUGAGAUUGGCACGAACAGCCCGAACAAUAUGUGGAGUGCAGCUGCCAAGCCAGGCUUGGACCCGUCUUCGAAGGACAAAUCUGCUCUCCAUCGCCAGGGCGACAAGAUGAUCUGGGGUCCCGAGCGCCCCGACGAACGGGAUAUUCUUGAGGUGGAGGGAGAAGGCGUCCCGGAAACCACAGCAGAGAAGGACAAGUACCAAUGGGGUGUCGGCGAGGACGCGGAUCUGAUCGUCUUCAACCCUCUGUAUGACCCCGAGGGCACAACAUGGCUUCUGCGAGACGAUGUGACUGGGUAUAACAAGGAGAACGGCAGGCCUCCGCGCCGUACGGCUAUUAUCACUGCCUCGAGACUGUCACGCAAGCUACUCCUUACCAUGCACAAAGAAACGAGUCUGAAACGUCACACAAUGUUCUCUGAGAUGUGGCCUGCCACUACCGCGCUACACCACGGCUUCAAGGCGGUCUACGUGCCGCACUCCGUGUACAUCGAUCGCCGCUGGCCCACUCAGUACCUCGAGUCUGUCUUCAACGCUGGCCGCAACGGCGCCUCUGGUGGUGCUAGGACUUCCGUCUUCGGUGACCGUGAGCACAACUUCCGCGGGACCACCUGGUUCUACUCUGCUGGGUUUUCACCCAAUCUAUGGCGCCGCUGGCUCGGCUACAAGGUGGACAAUGAUGGCGGCGAGCAAGAAGAAUUGGCAGGAGAGGGAAGGAUGUGUCUUCCGCCGAUAUUGCUACACCCGGUCAAGGAUGUACAGAUGAUCAUUGAUGACGGUGCGAACCAAUUUUAA